AUGGUGGACGCGGGCGGCUGCCCGGCCGGGGAGGGCUGGAGGAGGAUGGAGGCCGCGCCCGACGGCGCCGUGGACAUCGUGCCCCUGGACCGCUACGACCCGGCGCGGGCCAAGAUCGCCGCCAACCUGCAGUGGAUCUGCGCCAAGGCCUACGGCCGAGAUGACAUCCCCGAGGACCUCAGGGACCCCUUCUACAUCGACCAGUAUGAGCAGGAGCACAUCAAGCCUCCGGUCAUCAAGCUCCUGCUGUCCAGCGAGCUGUACUGCCGCGUGUGCAGCCUCAUCCUCAAAGGGGACCAGGUGGCCGCCCUGCAGGGACACCAGUCCGUCAUCCAGGCUCUGUCCCGGAAAGGGAUUUACGUGAUGGAGAGUGACGACACCCCCGUGACGGAGCCCGACCUCAGCCAUGCGCCCAUCAAGAUGAGCGCCCACAUGGCGAUGGUGGACGCCCUCAUGAUGGCCUACACCGUGGAGAUGAUCAGCAUUGAGAAGGUGGUGGCCAGCGUCAAGCGCUUCUCCACCUUCAGCGCCUCCAAAGAGCUCCCGUACGACCUUGAGGAUGCCAUGGUCUUCUGGGUCAACAAGGUAAAUCUUAAAAUGAGAGAGAUAACAGAGAAAGAAGUUAAGUUAAAACAGCAGUUAUUGGAAAGUCCAGCUCAUCAAAAGUCUCCCUCCAAGUGGUACUGGAAGUUAGUGCCCGUGCGCUACCGCCGAGAGCACCUGUCCGCACGGCAGCCGCCCCACUUCCCACUGCUGGAGGACCUGAUGCGGGAUGGCAGCCACGGGGCGGCGCUCCUGGCCGUGGUCCACUACUACUGCCCGGAGCAGAUGAAGCUGGACGAUAUAUGCUUGAAGGAGGUGACGUCGAUGGCUGACAGUUUGUAUAACAUUCGGCUUCUGAGAGAAUUCUCCAAUGAAUAUCUUAACAAAUGCUUUUAUCUCACCCUAGAAGAUAUGCUGUAUGCUCCUUUAGUGUUGAAGCCAAAUGUUAUGGUUUUUAUUGCCGAGCUAUUCUGGUGGUUUGAGAACGUCAAACCAGAUUUUGUUCAGCCCAGGGAUGUUCAGGAACUGAAGGAUGCUAAAUCAGUGUCACACCCCAAAAGCAGCCGGCCCCCAGUUCCCAUCUCCAACGCCACCAAGCGCAGCUUCCUGGGCGGCCCCGCGGCGGCGAGCCCAGCCGACCCGCAGCCCCCCGCCCCGCCGCACCACCUGCAGCUCGGGGAGCCCGAGGCCCUGGGGAAGGGAGCCUCUGCUUUUAGCCCAUCACACCCUUUACUGCCACUGAGACAGAAGCAGCAGAAGACGGUGCAGGGAGAGGACCCUCCAGACCAGCGACACCGAUCCAACUCCUUAACCCGAGCCGACAGUCAGCCCCGAGGAGCAGCCAUGGCAUGGACAGAGAAAAAGAACAGGCCUGCGUCUCAGCCGGCGCCCUUCGCCCUCCACCACACUGCGAGCUGUGAGGACCCCGGCGGUGGUGACAGCGUCAGCCUGGCCCGCUCCAUCAGCAAGGACAGCCUGGCCUCCAGCGUCAUUCACCUGACACCGCAAAACCAGCCCCAGCCCGCAGCCCUCAGGACCGACGGGAGGAGCCUCCUGAGCAACGUUGACAUCGAGGACGAAGACGAGGAGCUCCUGGCCAUCGUGAGGACGGACGUGGCUCACCCGGGCGGUGACCCUGGCCUGACGGCCGGUGCCAGGUCUCCCCAGAGGCUAGCGGACGCCUUUGAAAGUAAGCCCGACAGCUUCUUCCUGGAGCCGUUGAUGCCGGCCGUGCUCAGGCCAGCCAAGGAGAAGCAGGUGGUCACCAAGGAGGACGAAUGUGGAGAGGGGCGGCCCCGGGCCUUCACGUCCAGGAGGUCUGGCGAUGGCCACCAGCCUCUGGGACGAAAGAAGGUGCCCAGUAGUCACGUCGCUCGGGACUUGAACAGGACUUUCACCCCCAUCGCCUGUUCAGAGAUUUCUGCAGGCUUUGACGCCAUGCCCGCUGAGGUGGGGCCCCAGGUGGCGGGGGACACACAUGGCGGGCCUCUGGCUGGCAGCGGUUUUGACCCGUCAUCUCAGGGACAGUCCGCCGACGGCUUCUUCCUUCACGUAGGCAGAGCCGACAAGGACGCAGAGGGCAGGCUCUACAUGAGCUGCGCACGGAGCCCCGGCGCCCUCGGCCCAGACACCUGGGCUGUCUUGCGGCAGGACUCUGACUCGGACGUUGCAGACCUGGACGAGGCCGAGCAGGACUUUGCUGGCGAGGACCACCCCGCGGCGAGAGCCGGGUACGGCGGGGAGGAGGAGUCCGCGAAGCUGCAGGAGGACCUGAAGGUAAAGGAGCACGAGGACAAGGAUGACGCCAGUGGCCGCUCCAGCCCAUGCCUGAGCACUGUCUCCCAGAUCAGCAGCGUGUCCAUGGCCAGCGGUAGCGUGAAGAUGACCAGCUUUGCCGAGAGGAAGCUCCAGCGGCUCAACAGCUGUGAGACCAAGUCGAGCACGAGCAGCUCCCAGAAGACCACGCCUGACGCCUCGGAGAGCGGCCCGGCCCCGCUGACCACGUGGAAACAAAAGCGGGAGCAGAGCCCGAGCCGGCCAGGCGGGGACCACGCCAGCCUGCUGGCCUCCGAGCUGGUGCAGCUGCACAUGCAGCUGGAAGAGAAGCGCAGGGCCAUCGAGGCGCAGAAGAAGAAGGUGGAGGCGCUGUCAGCGCGACAGCGGCUGCAGCUGGGCAAGGCGGCGUUCCUGCACGUGGUUAAGAAGGGCCGGGCCGACGCCGCCCCACAGCCACUGAAAGCAGGGCCCCUCGCGGGGGAGCAUGCCCAGCACAACGGGGAUGACUUCCUCAGCAAGGAGGAAGGCCGGGGAGCGCUGCUGGGGUCUCCGGACGUGGACGGUGAGGGCUUGGCCCUCAUCCAGCCACAUAAAGCCCGGGACCCAACCGGCCUCACCGAGCUGGAGCGUGGCAAAGCGCUGUCAGCGGUGCUCCUGGAGGACGCUGAGGGCGUGGACGUGGGCGAGUGCGACCUGUCCAUUGAGAAGCUGAACGAGACCAUCAGCACACUGCAGCAGGCCAUCCUCAGGAUCUCUCAGCAGCAGGAGCAGCUGCUGCUUAAGUCCCCCACCGUGCCCUCACCUGGGCCCCGCAACGGCUCCCAGGACCCCAAGGCCAAGGCGGCCAUCCACUUUGGCGAGCCACCCUCUCCGACGGCCCUGACCAGUCACCGCAAGCCCCCUCGCCUCGGUCAGGGCCGGAACGCCCGGUCGGGGAGACCGGCUGAGCUGAAGGUGCCGAAGGAGCGGCAGCAGGGUUCCUCCCGGAGCAAGACUCCCACCCCUGGCCUCGAGACCACCCCACACUUGCGGUCCUUCCCUCCCCGGACACCCCCUGAGCCAGGCUGGGAUGGGCUUGGUGAGCCUGGGAGCGAGCCUGCAGAGAAGUGUGUCUUCGACAGCUACCGACUGCACGAUGAGAGCAACCAGCGGAUGCUCGCCCUGUCGUCCUCCCGAGACGCCAACGUCCUUUCCGAGCAGGGGGGCUUCAGGGAGGGGCUGGAAGGCAGCGUGAAGGAGGCGGCGCUCAGCACGCUGACCGUGCCCGGGAAAGAGAACGUGCCGCUGGAUGAGCCCCCGCGCAGCAAGGCCAGCCUCAUCGAGGUGGACCUUUCUGACCUGAAGGCCCCCAACGAGGAUGGGGAGACGGAAGGCCGGGACAGCUCUGUGGACCUCGGCAGCGAGGGGGACCAGAAGCCGGGGGUCGGCUUCUUCUUCAAGGACGAGCAGAAGGCGGACGACGAACUCGCCAAGAAGCGGGCGGCCUUCCUCCUGAAGCAGCAGCGCAAGGCCGAGGAGGCCCGCGUGCGGAGGCAGCAGCUGGAGGCAGAGGUUGAGCUCAAGAGAGACGAGGCGCGGCGUAAAGCGGAGGAAGACCGAAUCCGCAAGGAGGAGGAGAAGGCACGGCGGGAGCUGAUCAAGCAGGAGUACCUGCGGCGGAAGCAGCAGCAGAUCCUGGAGGAGCAGGGCCUGGGCAAGCCCAAGGCCAGGCCCAGGAAGCCGCGGCCCAAGUCCGUCCACCGGGAGGAGCCGGGCAGCGACCCAGGUCCUAAGAGCGCCUCCCCCCCUGAUAACCUGAGCCGGGCCCAGUCGGGCUCCAGCCUGUCCUUGGCCUCCGCAGCGACCACAGAGCCUGAGAGCGUACAUUCGGGGGGCACGCCUUCACAGCGAGUCGAGUCCCUGGAAGCCUUGCCCAUGCUGAGCCGCAACCCCAGCCGGAGCACCGACAGAGACUGGGAGACGGCGUCGGCCGCGUCCUCACUUGCCUCCGUGGCUGAGUACACAGGUCCCAAGCUGUUUAAGGAGCCCAGCAGCAAAUCCAACAAGCCAAUCAUUCACAACGCUAUAUCCCAUUGCUGUCUAGCAGGAAAAGUGAACGAACCUCACAAAAAUUCAAUAUUGGAGGAGCUGGAGAAGUGUGAUGCCAACCACUACAUCAUUCUGUUCCGGGAUGCCGGCUGCCAGUUCCGGGCUCUCUACUGCUACUACCCCGACACCGAGGAGAUCUGCAAAUUGACGGGCACCGGCCCCAAGAGCAUCGCCAAGAAGAUGGUUGACAAGCUGUACAAGUACAGCUCGGACCGGAAGCAGUUCAGCCUCAUCCCGGCCAAGACCAUGUCGGUCAGCGUGGACGCGCUCACCAUCCACAACCACCUGUGGCAGCCCAAGCGGCCCUCGGCGCCAAAGAAGACGCAGACUCGCAAAUGA